UUGAUAGCCUCAGAUCAUUCUAGGCUGCCUAAUCUCACUUGUGUUAAUUGUAAGAUUAUUUUGUCAUUGAUUCAUCUUGAGUUCAACAAACCUAUCACUUAAAAUGGAAUGCAUCUGACAAACAAAUCCAGCAUGAAUAAGCAGUUCAGGAUAAAUUUUGUUUAUGGUGAUACUGAAGAUAACAUCGAAGAUGAAAUUGAAGAGGAAGAUGCAGUACAAAACAAUUUUCCUUCAUAUUUAGUACUCAUUAAAGGAGAAAAAAACUGUUUAGGGAGUAUAAUUUAUCCUAAAUGGGUGAUCACUGCUGCACAUUGCAUCGACGGAAAUUCAACAAUAAAAGUAUAUCAUGGCAAUAAAAUGUCCAAACCUGACAACACUUACAUUCACCCUAAAUAUAAAAAAGGAUAUUUCGCUGAAUAUGAUGUUGGGAUGCUUUCGUUUGAGCGGAAGUUAAUCUUUUCAUCUGGAGAUAAUAUAAAGUUUCCAAAUCAACCAAUGGACAAAGAACAUAAAGAUUGUUCCAUAAUGGGUUUCAAAACUUUAAAAUCAGAAUUGAAUUCAACAGCUAAAUCAUAUUAUCACUAUGAUGUUACUGUACUGAGAGGCUAUAACUCUUGUCCUUGCUCAAAAGACUUUUUCAAUGUAAGACUGGUUUGUGUCAGUUAUCCUGGCCACUGCCCGAUGGAAGGUGGCUCAAUUUUGGUUUGCAAUGGUGUACUGUUUGGCAUUGGACAUGUGAGCUAUAACCCACGCCAAUGCGCACACAAAUUGCAAUUGCUAUCACACCCGUUUGGUGGUAUGAAUUGUGUGUUUGCCUUCACAAAAUCAUGCAAAUUUCAAAAAUGGAUUAAAAAGUAUAUUCAAAGCACACCGAUACCAAAAUGUACUUCUGAGAAAGAGUAUAAGUGGUUCAUUUUUCUUAUUUUUGUAUCUAUUUUAGCUAUGGUUGUUGUCUAUUCCACAGUUUUAUUAUAAAUAAAUGUUUUUAAUCAGUUGAUAUUCAUUUUGAAAAUUUGCACAUUUAUAAUAUUUAAUGAAAAGCAUAUACCACUAUGAGCAAACUAAUAGUUUAUAUCUUAAAAUCUAACAAUAUUACUAAAUUGCAAAGAAAAAAUUUCAAACUAGGCAUCCUUGUAGAUAAAACUUGUUUUUCAUUAACAUAUUUUCCAAGCUACACAGAAAAACGAAAAAGCAACAACGGAAGUGCUCUUCAAUGAAUUAAGAAAAGAAAGAAAAUCUAAGUUAGAAUGAAGGUACAAAGAAUAUAUUUAAAUUAAACUAAAAGUUCAGUUGUGAGUACACUUGAUGUAUAGAUCGAUGUAGUGUUGUUGCUGUGCGGAAAGACUGAUGAAGUCAAGUCCACUUAUGCUGCGGUGCGGGAAGAUGUCAGGUGUGUGGUCGUUGUGAAUCAAGGCAUAGAACACAACUGAUUGUAGUGUGGCGGGCGAAUAAUAAUAAAAACACCCGUAUUGUUGAACAGAACUGAAACGAACGAAUUCAUAAUACAAAAUAACUUGUACAAAAUAUUACUGCCUGAAACGUCUAACUUUAAAGAAACGGAGUGUGUGCUGUCUUCUUGGCGGUUGAGACGCGACUGUCCAGUUGACUGGACUUAACAAAAGAAAGGGCCAUUUCCUUAGUAAUUUAACACAAAAAAAAAAUCAAAAAUUUUUUUAUAUUUAUGAAGGGAUUUAAGAUUAUUUAUUGUAAUUAUCGUAUUUAUGUGCCAGUGUUAAAUUAAUAGAUUGCUGCCAUUGACCAGUUUUAAUAAAGGAAAUGUAUUAAAAAAAAUUAAUUUUUUAAAUUGUGAACAUUAUUAUGAAGAUGUCCAGAGAUUUUUGAAAUAAUAAAGCGUAUUUUCUGUUGCUAUGUAUUGUCAUAUUUUCCAACAUAGAUACAUACAGAUUUAAUGAUUUAAUAAUUUGGUCAUAUUUCUACUUGAACGAUCAUUAGUAACCAAUUUUUAAUUAAUUAUUUAACAUACAAGACUUCUUGAAAUACCUUGGAACUAAGACAGUUGACAAGUGUGUAAACAAGUGGAACAAGUUAAUUGAACGUUAAUAAUUUACAUGUUUACAUCUUUGAAUGGAUCAGAUUGCUGUUCGUUUUAGUCACUAGAAAGUUUUUGAAGGGAGUUUAUAUUAGAUCAGUAAACUAUUAAUAAAGCAUAAAUCUUUUAAUGUUUUGAAUUUGUAGAAAAUAAUUUCUUAUAAUGAAUAAGAAAAGUAUUGAUAUUAAUAAUUCGUUAUUUGAUAAAAUUGUCUAUGAUGUAAAGUUUGCCAGUUUUAACAUAGAAAAUAGAAGAGUAUCAUUAACGAUCAUUGGCACAUAUAUCGUUUUUUUUGUUGUAAC